AUGGAGAAAGGUCAGGGUAUUUUCUCUGAAGACUCAGGAUCACUACCUCAGCAGGCCGGUCAGGAAAACAAAUUUACAGGCCAUUCAUAUCCUACGGGGAAGAUCCACAUCAUCGGAGACAUUUUCCAGUUCACAGUCGAUGUGAGCGAAUUUUCUCCAGAGGAUGUUAUCAUCACAUCCUCCAACAACCUGAUAGAGGUACAUGCUGAGAAGCUGGGAGAAGACGGCGCAGUUGCAAACACUUUUUCCCACAAAUGCAAACUACCAUCAGAUGUGGACCCCACAUCUGUAACCAUGACCCUAGAAGACAGUGGGGUCCUGACUGUCAGAGCUCACAGGGUGCUUUAA